ACCUUACUUUACCAGCUGUUACCGCCGGAAGCACCGGUGGCGGAACCUUAAGUUACUGGACAAACGCUGCUGGCACCACUGCUUUAGCCAAUCCAAAUGCGGUUGCAGUAAGCGGAACAUACUAUAUUAAGAGUACUUUGGGUUCCUGUUCCGAUAUUGAACCGGUUGUUGUUUCUAUCAAUGCAACACCGUCAUUAGUAAUAAACAAUCCGACUGCAGUCUGUUCACCAAAUACGGUUGAUAUUACUUUACCGGCUAUUACCGCUGGAAGUACAGGCGGGGGAACACUGACCUAUUGGACAAAUUCUUCGGCUACAACUGCUUUGGUUGGCCCGAAUUCGAUUACUGCAAGCGGAACUUAUUAUAUAAAAACCACAGUAGGAACCUGUUCUGAUAUUGAACCGGUUGUCGUGACUAUUAAUACCACACCAUCAUUAUUAAUCACUAAUCCGCCGGCAGUCUGCUCACCGAACACUGUUGAUAUUACUGCGCCUGUCGUUACAGCCGGAAGUUCCGGAGCAGGAAUCCUGACUUAUUGGAUGAACGCAACAGCUACAACUGCUUUGGCCAAUCCAAAUGCUGUUGCAGUAAGCGGAACCUAUUACAUCAAGAGUACGGUUGGAAGCUGUUUCGAUAUUGAGCCAGUUACAGUAACCAUCAGCAGCCCGAAUUUAGUAAUCACCAAUCCUCUGUCGGUUUGCUUGCCUAAUACAGUAGAUAUUACUGCACCAGCCGUUACCGCAGGAAGUACCGAUAUUGGUGUUUUGACUUAUUGGACAGAUCCGGCGGCUACACUACCUUUGGCAAAUCCGAAUGCCGUUGCGAUUUUGGGCUCAUUAAGCCCGGCCAAUUACACGGUAACGUUCUAUACGGAUUUAACCGAUGCGCAGACCCCUAGAAACAACAUUACCAGCAUCGCAGCUUACACGAGCCCGAGCGAUACGCUUUACGUUCGUGUUCAGGACAACGCUACAGGCUGUUUUGACAUUGUAGAACUGGAGCUGAUUGUGAAUCCGCUUCCGAACUCUUUGCAGCCGAACUAUCCUCAGUACUCGCUUUGCGACAACACCCAGUCCCCGGCCUCAGAAAUCGGAUACGAACUGUUUGACCUGCCGAGCAAGGUGGACGACAUCCUUUUAGGUCAGACGGGUAUGGUAGUUACGUUCUACCCAAGCCUUACUGCGGCACAGAACAACCUUACGCCAAUUACAACUUUCCCUUACCGCAAUGCGAUACAGUAUGUCCAGACUUUGGGGAUCCGCAUCACCAACAGCCAGACGGGUUGCUAUGUGAUCUCUACGAUGGACAUCCGCGUGGAGCCUUUGCCAACGCUUAUCCCGCCUAGCAGUCCUUAUACGCUUUGCGACCAGGAUCAGGACGGGUAUACAACUUUUGACCUUACGACCUUAUUGAGCGGUAUGCUCAACGGGAUCACGACCUAUACGGUUACUUUCCAUGAGACGUAUGACGAUGCCGAUACUGGCGGAACAACCAUUCCGAACCCUUCGGCUUACACCAACAUCGAUCCUUUUGCACAGACGAUCUUUGUAAGGGCAGAGGACAACAACACGCACUGCGUGAGCAUUAUCACUAUCCAGCUGGUGGUCAACCCAAGCCCUAUGGCUCCGAUCAACCUGGCAGAUAUCGUGGUAUGCGAUACCGACAGCAAUACCCAGAACAAUUCCACUAUGGUGGAUCUUACCCAAAGGACUCCGGAUGUACUGGCCCAACAGCCGGGUGCGGCCUCAGACUAUACUGUAGAAUAUUUCCUAUCGCAGGCUGCUGCUGCUGAUGGCAGGUUCCCGAUCAUCCCGGAUAACCGAUUUACGGCUACAGGCGGACAGACGAUCUGGGUAAGGGUAGAGCACAUCGCUACGGGCUGUUACAAUUUGGGUACCUUCCAGAUUGUGAUCAACUCGCCACUACUGCUCAUUACGCCAACCCCUUUGAGCCUGUGUGAUGACGAUGCCAACCCGAACAACCAGUUCCACAGCUUCAAUCUGACGGUUAAGAACAAUGAGAUCACGCAGAACCUUCCGUAUACGGUAACGUAUUACCCAAGCUAUGCCCUGGCACAGGCGGGAGUUGCAGGAACCGAGAUCGCCACCCCUACAGCAUAUACCAACAUCAGCCCUGCGGUUCAGACCCUUGGCGUUGUGGUGACCACCGGUGCGGGAUGUAAAAGCAUCACGACUCUGGACAUCCGCGUGCUUCCGAUACCGACCCCUCGUACCAACCCACCGGCACUUCCGGCAAAAUGUGACGACAACAACCCGGGGGACAUGCUAGAAUAUUUUGACCUUACAACCAAUGAAGGCUACAUCCGAAACAACGAUCCAAGUCUGAGCUUCAGCUAUUACUAUACCCAGGCCGAUGCGCUGGUUCCACGCAAUCCGAUCCCGGCACCGGUUACCAAUGCUUUGGUAGGAAGCAAUGUUUGGAUCCGUGUGGAAAACACCCGAGUGGAUUAUCUGGGCAACCACUGUUUUGUACUGGUGGAGCAGGCCCUUACGGUGAACCCGCUUCCGGCAGUUAACCCAUCACCGGCACCUUACAGGGUGUGUGAUGACAAUGCAGACGGUAUCGCUGAUUUUGACAUGACGAUCCCGGCACUGGCUACUUCGAUACUCAAUACCGCUACAACAGGACAGCAGCCAAGUGAUUUUACCAUCAGCUACUACCUAACGGCAGCCGGGGCAAACCCGGCAACCAAUACCGGAGAGACGCCACUACCCAAUACGUACACCAAUACGGCAUCACCAAACUCGCAGAUAGUGUACAUCCGGGUGGUGAACAAUGCUACAGGCUGUGUGAACCCAACAGGCACACUUACCCUGGCGGUGGAGGCGUAUGCUACGGCUACGGGGCCACAGACCUUUGCGGAUUGUGACAACUAUAACGAUCCUUACGAUGGGGUACACCGAAUUGAUUUGACCCAAUACGAGGCUGCGAUCCUUAACGGACAGAACCCUGCGGUAUUCUUGGUAAGCUACUACACGAGCCUUGCAGCGGCACAGGCCGGAACAGGAGCCCUUACCUUAGCAGAAGCCCAGGCCUAUGAGACCGAUCCGGAUACGGAUACGAUCUGGGUUAAGGUGGAGAACAGCAGCAAUAGCAUCACGCCAUUCUGUUAUGCGAUUACUACCAUUGAUAUCACGGUGGAGCGUUACCCGAACCCAAUCAUCAAUACACAAAACGGAGUUACGACAAUCUGUGUUGACUUU